AUGUCCAUUAGGACUUUCAGCGGACCGGUCACGAGUCCAUCCACUCUCACAAAGCAACAAUACAUAGAACUUGCAGCCAUUCCCAGCGGCCCGCUCGGGUCAGGGCGUUCAAGACCCCUGGUACCCUGGACAGAACCCUCGGCUCCAGUACCCAGUCCUACAGCAGACAUGCUGGGCGAGUUCUUAUCAGUGGAGGAGGAUCCGAGCGGUCUAGGCAAGGAGAAAGUCGACAAAUCUGAUGGUUCAGUGAGCCUGGCAGCACCCUCAGAACUUCUCGUCGGUUAUGGACGUUCCUACCGAGGCACCGAAGGAGGCAGCCAUACAAGUCAUCCUUACGGGUCUGGUCUCCGGAUUCGGAGCAACCGUCUGGGAAUCAUGCGAGUCAAUGAGGAAUUGGAGAGACCACCGGAGCAAUCAAAAUUCGCGGACGUUUGA